AUGGCAUCAGCACCUAUCGAAUUGGGAGAUUUUACUUGUAGUAUUUGUCGUGAAAUAUUUGAAAAUCCUGUGAGUCUUUCUUGUUUACAUUCUUAUUGUCAAUCAUGUUUAAGUGGCCUGAAAAAACCACCACCAUCACCAUCAUUACCAAAUACACUAUCAAAUCCAGUACCACCUACAUCAACAACUGGAUCUCUUAUAUAUAGACCAAAAUUUUAUGAAACUAAUCAAUGUUUUGUUUGUGCUGUAUGUCGAACAGAAUCAUUUGGAUAUUCAGAUUGUCGAGAUUUAGAAGUUGAUUUAAAGACUCUUGAAGGAUUAUGUCCUCAUUGUUCGAAACCAUUUAUGUUAUGUAAUUUACGAAAACAUGUUGAGAAUUGUACACCACCAAAACGAAACGUAGGUGUUGAUGAUAUUAGAAAACUUUUUACUACGGAUUUUUUACAAAAACUAUCACAACCACAAACUGAAGCAUUAGAAAAAGCACGAGCUGGAGACAAUCGUUCAACAUUUCAAUGUCCUUAUUGUUCAAGAGCAAAUUUUACUGUGGAACAUCUUUGUGAACAUAUAGAAGAAAGUCAUUUAGAUGAUGAUCCACGUCGAGUUUGCCCGAUUUGUGCAUCAAUGCCAUGGGGUAAUAGCUCAAUAGUUUCAACGAAUGUUUAUCAGCAUAUAUUAGGUCGUCAUCGAUUUAAUUAUGAAACAUAUGUCAAUUAUGAUCAAGAUGAAGACACUAUGAUUGCUGAAGCUGUUGAAAGAUCAAUGUUUAAUCAUUGA